GCCGCGCAUGCGCCCUGCUACCGAGCUCGUCUGAGGCAGCGACAGAGGCGGCAGGAUCGGCGGCGGCGCGCGGGCGCUCGCCAUGGAGUCUUAUGAUGUGAUCGCGAACCAGCCGGUGGUGAUUGACAAUGGGUCUGGCAUGAUUAAAGCUGGCUUUGCAGGUGAUCAAAUACCCAAGUACUGUUUUCCAAACUAUGUGGGCAGACCAAAGCAUGUUCGUGUUAUGGCUGGAGCUUUGGAAGGUGACAUUUUUAUAGGACCAAAAGCAGAGGAGCACAGAGGUCUUCUUUCCAUACGCUAUCCUAUGGAACAUGGCAUUGUGAAGGACUGGAAUGACAUGGAACGCAUUUGGCAGUAUGUAUACUCCAAAGACCAACUCCAGACUUUCUCGGAAGAGCAUCCUGUUCUCCUGACAGAAGCACCGCUGAAUCCACGUAAAAACCGUGAGCGAGCCGCUGAAGUGUUUUUUGAGACCUUCAAUGUGCCUGCCUUGUUCAUCUCCAUGCAAGCUGUGCUUAGCCUGUAUGCAACUGGGCGAACAACAGGAGUGGUGUUGGACUCUGGAGAUGGGGUCACACACGCAGUUCCUAUUUAUGAAGGGUUUGCCAUGCCCCACUCCAUUAUGCGGAUUGACAUAGCUGGCCGCGAUGUCUCCCGUUUCCUUCGGCUCUAUCUCCGGAAGGAAGGCUAUGAUUUCCAUACAUCUUCUGAGUUUGAGAUCGUCAAAACUAUCAAAGAGCGGGCUUGUUACCUGUCAAUAAACCCACAGAAGGAUGAGACAUUAGAAACAGAAAAGGCUCAGUACUACCUUCCAGAUGGAAGCACCAUUGAGGUUGGCCCAGCUCGGUUCCGGGCCCCAGAGUUGCUGUUCCGUCCAGAUCUGAUUGGGGAAGAGUGUGAGGGGCUGCAUGAAGUAUUGGUUUUUGCAAUUCAGAAGUCUGAUAUGGACUUGAGGCGAACGCUCUUCUCUAACAUUGUCCUCUCUGGAGGCUCAACACUCUUCAAAGGUUUUGGUGAUAGGCUUCUUACUGAAGUGAAGAAACUGGCCCCCAAAGAUGUCAAAAUCAGAAUAUCUGCUCCACAAGAGAGAUUGUAUUCUACAUGGAUUGGUGGCUCCAUCUUGGCUUCAUUGGACACAUUUAAGAAAAUGUGGGUUUCCAAGAAAGAAUAUGAGGAAGACAGCGCCCGGGCCAUCCAUCGAAAAACCUUCUAGUCCGGGAGCAUCCUGGGGUCUCCUUGGAUUCUUUCUUUUCCUCAACUCGCUUUUCAGGGUGUCUGGGAAGCUCCCUUGUGUGUGUCUGUGUAUGGGUAGGAGGUGGGUGCAGCGUGUUCGAGGUUUUCCCAGAGCCAAUGGGAAGGCUAUAAGUUUGACUUGAUUGGUGAUUGGUUUUGUGAGAGGCAGGUGACAAAUGGCAAUGAACCAGUUGGGGAGAUCUGUUCCUUAUUUUAGUUGGUCACUGAACUUUUGACAUUACCUUUGUGUCGAGGGAAAAUAGUAUGACUUGGAAAUCAAGCCACUUAGUGGAGUGGAAAUGAGCAUGUGGUAAAAUAGUCCACGUUUGGGCUUGAAAGAGAAGGUCUGAGUAAAGAAAAUGGGCCAGGCUGAAGUUCAGAAGGUUGCCAUUAAAAUUCAGGGCACAGAAAUCAGCUAUUACCUAAUUUCUGGUCAUUUGCCUAGCAAAUGUUUUAUUUUUAAGACGACCACUUCACAGUAUCACUCCCCUACUUUUUUUAAGCCCAACAUACAAAGAAAAUAAGCACAUUUUCAGCUGUUAUAAGCCCAGUGUGAGUGUGUGUGAGUGCAUGUAUGUGUGAAUGCAUGUGUAAAAAUCCUUAGGCUGGUGUGUGAGAAUCUGGACCAUAGCAAGAGAGUUAGAGCAGUUAAUUUUAGGGAUUAGUUUAUAAUGCAUGGUGUAGAGCAGUAACACCUACUUCCUUUAUUCUAUUCUAGACGGUCCUCGCCUUGGCACUUGGCAGUAGUGAGGCAGCCAGCUGUCAUACAGUCAAGUGCCCAGGGCAACUCUAAAGAGUAUUGAGGCCCAUUCUAUUCUCCAUCUGCCUAUUGCUGUCUCCCCACUCCCUCCAUCGUCUAAAGGUUUACAUGUGGACUUUCUCUGAAAGCUGAAGGCUUUAUGCCCACAUCAUAAGCACUGCUGUAGGGGUUGCUCAGCUAUGCUUGCUGGGAAGCUGCUUAAUUGUUUUUAGUAUUAACUUUAUUUAUUGAUACUUUUUGGUGGUAACCGAACUACUAACUGGGGCUCAGGGUUAGUUACCCUGUUUUUUUGUCCUGCUUCACUACAUUUUCCAAUAUUUAUCACUAGCACUGACGUUUUAACCGCGCACUUAACAUUGUACAGUAGGGUCAGCCCUGAAACCAUCCCCACUCAUUGAAGUGGUUGUUUUUAUGAAGGCACCAUGCAAACAAACAAUAAACUCCAUUAGAGCAUGUCAAGAGUUGAGUAGUGACCUCCAGAAAGAAGCUGUAAUUCUGACAUAGCGUUAAUGCCUUUUCAACUGCUUCUGUACUUUUACAGAAAGGAAAAACAGUUUACUUUGAUAUAAGAUUGUGUUUUUUUUUCUUUUUUAAAGCAUUUUGGUGCUUAUUUUUCAGGGUUUUUGUUAAAUAUUUUGUUUUGUUAAUGCUGCUGCUAAAGACCAAAUAUUUCACAUCCUUGGCCGCUUGAGUAUUUAAAGACCUGGCAACAGGAAAUGCGCCUUACCUCUGCCAGUAGCUAAACAACAAAAGAAGAAACUGCAAUAGGAAGUGAGAGCUGAGGGAUUGGAUUGUGGGGGCAAAGUCUUGUCCUCUUCACUGCUGCUGAUGUAUUCUGAACGUGGGCCAGUUGUGUUUUCAAUCCAAGUCUUUUGUUUGGCUCAAAGAUCAGUAUUCUUGAAGAACAUUUUUGGGACUAGAGUAUGCAAGUUGGAUAUGUAGUAGAAUAUUGCAUCUGUUCAGUGUUUUUUGCUGAAAGAUUUGUGUCUCACCUAAAAGGUGGCUGUUGAAGGCUUUCAUGGCCGGGAUUACUGGGUUGCGGUGAGUUUUCCAGGCUGUAUGGCCAUGUUCCAGAAGCAUUCUCUCCUGAUGUUUUGCUCACAUGUAUGGCAGGCAUCCUCAGAGGUUGUGAGAUAUAUUGUAAACUAAACAAGGGAAGUUUCUAUAUCUAUGGAAGGUCCAGGGUGGGAGAAAAAAAUGCUAAUCAAGAUGGCCACUUGCAACAUUCACACCUGCCUCCAGCAGACAAGAGUUCUUUCUCCCACCCUGAACACUCCACAAAUAUAUAAACAUCACUUGCCUAGUUUCUGACAGACCUCGCAAGUUUGUGAGGAUGCCUGCCAUAGAUGUGGAAGAAACAUCAGGAGAGAAUGCUUCUGGAACAUGGCCAUUCGGCCUGGAAAACCCACAGCAAAACAACUGAAAGGUUGUUAAAAUACAUUGCAGUCUUGUGCAUUAUGCAAUAUCCCCAAAGUAUUAAAGAGGACAGCAACCAGUGUGUGAUUCAUGCAAAUGAACAUAUGAGAUAGCAGCUUUGUUUGUGUAAACUUUCCCAUGUCCCUAGUGUACGAACAGAUGCAUCUCUGGUGACUUAUGUGGGAUGAAAAAUACUGACUUCCAAUUCACAGUAGCGAUACAAAAUUACUUAAAAUCCUGUUCCUGCCUCCUGCACAAUUCUUGGAUUUGUAGUUUAAUGAGGCUGUUAAAGGCUCCUCUCUAAACUACAGACCCCAGAUUUCUGCAGGAGGCAGCAACUGGAUUUUAAGUGGAUUUUUUCUCCAGUGUGAUGAGGUCUACACCUUGUCAAAAGUAGUUAAACACUCCUCUGGCUAUAUAGAGUAGCUCUGUUUGGAAUUUAGAAAGACAGUUGCUAUUUCAAGGGAGAUUUCCAGCUUUGUCUAUAAAGAUGUCUUCUGACAGAGUAGUAAUGUUCUCUUGACCAACAUUGAUCAGAAUCUGAACAAUAUAGCCUUAUUUUUGGUUUUAAAGAACAUGACUCAUGGGUACCUUGCAAAGCUUUCCCAAACAGAAGUUUGGAAGAUUCUGGCAGGAAAUGCCAAGGCAUUAUUCACAAUUAUUGUCUUAGGACUUGACCACUAAAAGGUAGCAUAUGUCUGUGUCCCAAAUUUGCCACAGAAAAUGAAUUGUGGAAGCACUGAGAGUGAAUAAGAGACCAUUUUGUAUUAGUGUAAGGUACUGCUAACAUGUAGGAAUGAACAUUCCCUCCGGGUUUUCUUUCCCAGAAUCUUGCUGUAAUUACUUGCUUUCAUUAGCUGCCGUGGAUUUGCUUGUCUCAGAUGUGCUUGUCUCAGAUGUGCAACUAUGUCAGCUGGCACUACAAGGAAAGCACAUCUUCUGCUGAUAAUUUAGAUAUUUGUCUUCUAACCCAGAAGUUCUAUCAAAUCAUUUUGGUUUUUCACUUCAAGUGAGAUGACAUUUCCACUGAAUGAACCCAGCAGCUUACUGUAGUGAGUGGACUCCAGACUCUGCUGGUGCUGGAUUUAAAAGUUUGUUGCAAUGCCGAGUUGAGAUCUUGAUAAGAUGGUCUGCUUCCUAUUAGUCUUUUCUGUUUGGAUUUUUGGCCCAAGCUCAAGCAGCUUUUGAUACCAUGGAGAUCAAGGCUUGAGCAAUAGAUCUGAACUUGCGUGCAGGGUGAUUCUUUGCUUAGUCAUUUAGCAGCAGCCUGAGGCUAAAAGUGUUUUACAUAGUAUGAUUAUGAGCCACAUAAGUGAGUUCUCUUGCAGAGAUAUUUACAGACUGAUCAGUUACCAGUGGGGUAGCUUUCAUUACUAGCUUCUUCCCUGGUAAGGAUAUAUAGGGUAGUCUUGACUGGUUUAGGAAGGCUCACACAACUGACUUGUUACCGCAGGGAAAGAAUGUUAACCCAUAUUUCUUGCCUUAUGUUACAGGAAUGUUGUAUUUUGUUUUGAACUGUCUACUGUUUGAAAUGCAUGCCCAGGGCAGGCUGUUACUGCAGAGGCCUUGAUUCUUGCUCAAUUUCUACCUAAAGUAAUGUUGAUAUACUGCCUCAUAAUUGCUGCAAGGAGGGUGGAACAACUCAUAGUUUUAAUGCAAUUCUCAGUUGCAAUCAUGGGGAAACAGAACAGUGUUUGGAAAAUUUAUUUGUGGACUACCACCUCUCAGAAAAACCCAGCCGCCAGAAGAUUCUGAGAGAUAACCAAAAAUAUUUUCAAAUUCUGCAAUGAGGGGACCAGUGUGUUAGCAGCUUGUACUGAUAGAGGGGACAGUAGGUAACUCCUAGCUGUGUGUAGUCUGUGUUAAGGGCAGUGAUUAUGUUUGAGGACAGAGAUGUAAUAUAUAAAUAUCUCCAAGUUGGCUCCUGAGCUUCUUUUAAAAUUCUGUGUUGAUUUUUUUCCUUGCUUGACAUGAGUUAUCAAAAGCAGUUUUGAACAAUCUUGACAGGUGCUUUCUGUAACCCAGUGUUGGUUCUAGCAGACUGAUGGUAUACUUUGCACAUAUGUGCACAGCAAUGCUGGGUGCUGCCCAAUGUACUAAAAUAAAAGUUGUUAAUAUAUA